CAGAUCACGUGGGUCUCGUGCCCGCCAAGAGAUUUCUUCCGGUGGCCGUUUGAAGUGCAAAAUCCAUAAAGUUGGAGGAAAAUAAAAUGUAAAUCAUCAAAAAUUUUCAAUUUCCAAUUAAUUUCCAACAUAAUUGGGAUAACCGGAUGGAUAACUACUUUGAAUAAGGACCAAUUACUCAUUCGGGUCAGACAAAUUUCCUUCAAGACUUGCCGUCCAGUACAAAUUAUCGAUUUAACAAGCAACUCAAGACACUGACCUCUAAUUGACCUCACAUAAUAAACGAUGGAUAACCCCGACGACCUUACCGGUGAGGAAAGAGCCGUCGACCCGGACGCCCUCGCCUCGAUGACCCUCUCCAUCAAGCAAACCAUCAUUAUCGACGACAUGCAACUCCAACUCACCAAAAUGCAGAUUCAAUGUUUGGAAGAGAGACGAAAUUAUAUUGGACUCGUCGGACAAAACGAGCAUCUCAAGUUGGAGAUUGAGGAUAUGAAACGCAAAUUUCAAGCGGCCCUCCUGCUCGGAAAAGUCGAGGAAACGGCGGUGGUACAUUUCCUCCAGAAAAACCCGAAAGCUCCCCAACUCACCGAUGAGAUUAUCAAAGUUAGCCAAGACCUCAAAAAGUGUAACAAAACAAAACCGAUUGAAACGUUUGAUAACCCGAUCGUGCUCAGGAAACAGGUCGCAUUUCUAGAAUCUCACCUAAAGACGAUGAAGGAACAGAACUUGAUCGAAAUAUUUGGGCUCAAAACAACCCUCGAACUCACGAUGGAGGAACGCCAAGUCAUGCGUGAGCAGUAUGAAGAGAGGAUUAAGACAGUCGUGAACAAACUUGAAGAGACUCGCACCCUCUUGAAUGAAAUGACCCAAGAGAGUUUACAUCUCAAGAAACAACUUAUUAUUCUGAAAGAACAAAAGAACAAAGAACACAAAAAAUUGGUGGAACGACUCGCGCACGCCGAGGAGGGGAUUUGCACUGCUGGGGAAACCCCACAUUCGUCCGAUGGAACCAAAGACUCCAAGCAUCGUCACGAAUGCGUCCCCCCAGUGCAAGCUCACCUCUUGGAAAAACUCACCCGUGCCGAAAUCCAAGUCAUGGAAAAGGAAAACACUGUCAAGGAAUAUGAGCUUAAAUUUCUCCAAAUGGAACGCAAACUUGGCAAAAUUCGAACUGAAGAGGCCUCAACCAAGAAAACUUGCUCCGAAAUGAUCAAAAAGUUCAAAUCGAAAAACGAAUCUCUCGAACGUCGCUUCACCCGUCUUGACGAGCGGAGGAAAUUGGACAAUGCGGGUUUCCGUCAGGACGUCUCCCUCCUCAAACAACUGUUAAAAAAUAUCGAAAAGAAGCUCCACAUUUUCAUGACACGUCGCCUCAUUUCGGCGGAAGAGGCACUCUUCGCCUCCAUCAAUUCGCCCCCACCACCUCUCGCUCACGUAGAAAAUAACAGGGCAACCCCCCCAGAGAGGGAUCAUCCCCCCGUGCAGAAGGGCGUUAUUCUUCCCCACUCUGAAUCCACCACGACCACGACGACUCGUCGUCCUCAGAAGAAGAAGAAGCCGGUCAACAAUAUUCUCAAACCUCGCAAUCAAGACGAGCAAGCAGUCGCCGUCGUCACAUCGAAAAAAUCAUCUCCAAACGACUCCACAGAUCUCAAACAAAUCGACGUAGCGGACGAACGGAAGGAAUCCCGGGAGGAGUUGGAGAGGGACAAGUUGAUUUACGAACUCCUCUGCAAAGUCUUGGACUCUGCGAGCAUGAAAGUUAAUCAGAUCGAGAGAGGAGUUUUAAAACAGAUUUUAUAGAUGACAAUGUCAUCAUGACAUUAUUAUUUAUGAUGAGUAUGAUUAUGAUUUUGCAAUUUAUCAUUCUUCUCUUGUGGAUUAGGGCGUUGUUCGUAAUGCAAAAUUUUGACCGGGAGUGGAACACUACUGACAAUAGAGGUCGACCAGUGUGUGUUCAAUUUGAGGAAAUUAGUGUUAAUCGAUGACAAAUUUAAUCAUCGAUUAGAUCAUCGAUUGACACAAAUUUCCUCAAAAUUUGAUCGCAUACGCUGAGAGGCCUCCAUUCCGAGAUUUCAUAGUUCCUAAAACAAGUUUGCACACGCCACACGGUCAAAAUUUUACAUUGCAACCGUUAAACUUAUAUUCUCAUAUUACGAGAUUACUCAUUGUAUUUAUAUUCCUUUUUUAUUUUUGUAACGAGAGCUAUGAUCUACUA